CAUCAGAAUGGCAUGAGAACAUCUCCGAAGCAGCAAUAUUUCUUCCAGCAAAAUCGUUUACACCCAACUUCAGCUUCAACAAAUUCACCAACGGCAACAAAACUUUCAAAAAAUGCUUCUGCAUUCAGCAUUGAUGCUCUGCUUAAUGACAAAUACAACAGCACAGAGGAUGAAAAUAAAAUGAAUAGAGGCAAACAAAACGAUGACACCAACCACAGCGAUUACGACAGCAAUAGUUACGACAACAACCAUUACGGCAACUAUCUCUACGACAACAAUGACUACAACAACAAAUCAAACAAGCCGUGCAACAACUCGUACUCAAACUGCAAACGAAAGCUGACAAUUGAUUGUGAUGAUUACCAACCGGAAACAGUUGAAAAGAAACGGAAAAUGUUGAAACUAUCCGAAGAGGAAGAGAACGACGACGAUGAUGUUGGUGGUGUGCCCUGCGCCGAUAUCAACGGUCUUAAUAAACUGUCGCCCAUUCCACUUGCCACAGCGUUCAAUUAUCUACCAGAAAAAGUGGAACAUCACGAAGAAAAAACUGAAGAAAAAACUGAAGAAAAUCUUGUAAAAGUUGGCAAGAUCGAAUGCAAACUGGAAACCAAAGAGCUAUGGGACAAGUUUCAUGAGUUGGGCACGGAAAUGAUCAUCACCAAAUCCGGAAGGCGAAUGUUCCCAACUUUGCGAGUGACAUUCACAGGACUCGACCUUGACGAAGAACACUUCUACACCGUCACCAUGGACACUGUAUUGGUCGACAACAAAAGGUACAGGUACGCAUAUCACAGAUCAGCUUGGUUGGUUGCAGGCAAGGCAGACCCCCCACUACCCUCCCGUAUCUACGUACAUCCUGACUCACCAUUCACUGCAGAACAACUUCUCAAACAAACGGUCUCAUUUGAAAAGGUCAAACUGACCAACAACGCUCUGGACAAAAAUGGACACAUAAUUUUGAACUCCAUGCACAAGUACCAGCCACGCAUCAGAUUGUUUCGCCACAAGAGAGAUUUAAACGCCAGCAUCUCUGCCGAUAAUGAUCGUCGUGAUGACGAUGAUGUCGCAACAUUCAUCUUUCCUGAGACUGACUUCAUCGCCGUGACAGCCUACCAAAACCAACUGAUUACAAAAUUGAAGAUAGACAGCAAUCCAUUCGCCAAAGGAUUUCGGGACUCAUCGAGACUCAAUGAAGAAAGGGACUCCUUCGCAAACCAGAGUACAGUUCACUAUCCACCUGCACUACAAUAUCAUCAUCAGCCCAACAACUUCUUGUACAAUUUCUAUCCGUACGCGAGACCACCACCGCCACCAACAGCAGCGGCAGUCCAUAACAAUGGAGGUUUCAACUCUUUGUUAUCCCAAAUCUGGCCAGGAAAAAAUUGCGCUAAAGAGUUGAUGUUACCUGAAGACUCAGUUGAAAAUAAAACAGCUUCGGAAAAAGACGAGUCUGGAGAUAAAUUGUCUACAUCAUCGUCGUUAUCAUCAUCAAGACUCUCGUCGUCUUCAUCAUCGUCAUCAUCACCGAUGUACGAAAACCACAACGGAAAAGGAGGAAUGGUGCGUCCCAAUUUCAACAUGCCCCCACCGGAUGGUCCACUGAAAUCCCAUAUGGCUGCCAACUUCCUGCACUUUUACAACCUUCUACGAAUGAACAAAAUGAAUAACUUCUGAGGGUGGAAUUUGAGAAACAUCAAAAAAUUAACUAAAGACAACAAUUUCUUGUAUUAAAAUAUAAUUAAAAAAAUAUUACUUUAUCUUCUUCAUUACCAAAUUCUCCUGUAAAUCUAUUUAUCAAAUUUCUGCAAAGAAAAUUUUUU